GAAGGGAUUCACACAAAGCCGACCAAGUCGGUCUCAUCACCAGGAGCAACGUGUAAUUCGAUCCAGCAGCCGUUUCUUUCGGAGUGUGACUCGAAAGACAGAAAGGAGCCGAAUGUCAACCGCAAUAAGGCAGACCUGAGAGUGAAGAAAAAAGGCAAAGUUAAAUAGAAUACUCAAAACAUGGUUGUUCACAUGAUUGCGCCGCACCGUCGGCUGAUAACGGGCAGGUCAUCCGUGGCCUGGGCACUAUUUGUCCUCUGCUUAGCGCGCGUAGCAGAUUGGCAGCUCGUCUCGCCGUUUGUUGAAGGCGCGUUGGAGAGGCGAGCUGAACCGGCCGGUCGGUUGAGCAUGCUGAAACAGUUUCUUCGCGAUCGUGCAUCGAAAUCAGGUUGUUCGGCCGGCAUGAGCAGUAACGAUCAAUUAACGAAGCCACCGUCGGCAGAAACGCUCGCCAUCUGGGAGAAGCAAUACUCGCCCUCGGAGUGGAGUGUGCGCUUUCAAACGCCGGCUGAGGUCAUCAAUCAUCAUGUGAGCUUCGCGAAAGAAGUGAGUAACCAGAACAGGGCAGGACUAGAAACACGACUCGACAUCGCAUAUGGUAGCGGUGAUCGCGAGAAGGUAGAUAUCUACGGUGAGAAUCUCCCGGAUGAUGCACCGUUGUUCGUGUACAUUCACGGUGGCUACUGGCAAAUGUUGGAGAAGGAAACUUCGGCCUACCCGGCGAAGCCACUCGUCGAUCGCGGUAUCCGGGUGAUGGUCGUUGGGUACGAGUUGUGUCCGUCCGUCACGCUGGAAGAGUUGGUGCAACAGAUCAAAAAGGCCGGUGAAUUUGUGCUAAAUUACGCCACCGAAAAGGGCAUUAACCACGUGGCCCUAGCCGGACACUCGGCCGGUGCUCACCUGAUCGCCAGCAUGCUCGACAACGAAUUCAAAAGUGCCGUUAGCGAAGAGUUUAGUCUCCUGAAGGAUGUGUACCUCAUUUCGGGGGUUUACACCGUGGACGAACUGCGCUACACGACGAGCGUCAACAAGGAAAAUCUACUCGGUCUCAACGAUAACAACGUGCGUCGCCUAUCGCCAUUGUUCGCACGGUACAGCCAUCUGCAGUCGGCCGCAUUCGACGGGUUGCGGUUUCACGUGUACGCUGCCGAGCACGACAGCGACCGGUUCCGUAGCAUGGCGUCGCAGAUGCGGACACACUUGACGUCGGAUGGAUUGCCUUGCGAUUUGGAGGUUCUAACAGGGCUCGAUCACUUCGAUUUGGUGGAGAACUUGGCGAACAUUGACCAUCCGCUUACGAAAGCAAUUUUAAAGGAUUUCGGAAAGAGCAACGAGUGAGAGCUGAUGUUCCUUGCGGUAGCAUUACGUUUGAAAAAUAUCUUUCCGCCGUUUAGAUUUUAUUCUGCCUUCACUUUGUACACAGAACUGGUCAAUGAAAAUCUGCAGCUACUUUUGGGCGUUUUUACUGUUCGUUUUGUCCCUCGAUACACCUCCGUUAAUACGAUUGGAAAGCUUUCGUGUUUCAGUCGCAGACAUGUAACU